UUCCAUCUCUCUCUCUCUCUCUCACACACACACACACACACACACAGACACACACUUCCUGUUCUCUUGUCUCUCUGUCUAUAUAUCCGACACCACUCCUUCACAUCAAACAGUUGGGAUCAAAAGCUUGAUCAACAACACAACAAAAAACCAGAUAUAUCACUGAACAGGAAUAAUAAUGAGGAAGCCUGCAGACGCAUCCGCCGCCGGCAAGAAUAGCCACCCCAUUGACGGCGCUCAGAAGCUACGGAAGGGGCUGUGGUCGCCCGAGGAAGACGAGAAGCUCAUGAGGUACAUGCUGACAAAUGGGCAGGGAUGCUGGAGCGACGUCGCUAGAAACGCCGGCCUCCAGCGGUGCGGCAAGAGCUGCCGCCUCCGGUGGAUCAACUAUCUCCGGCCGGAUCUUAAGCGCGGCGCCUUCUCGCCGCAGGAGGAAGAGCUCAUCAUCCACCUGCAUUCAAUUCUUGGCAACAGAUGGUCUCAGAUUGCGGCACGUUUGCCUGGGCGUACCGAUAACGAAAUAAAGAACUUUUGGAACUCAACAGUAAAGAAAAGACUCAAGACUUCAUCAUCUUCUUCGAUAAUAUCGCCAAACACGAGCGAUUCAUCGAUAGACCCUAUAGACCAUCAAGGCAUGGGAGAUCAUCAAGGGCUCCUCGUGACCAUGCAAGAAAACAACAUCAUCAUGGCUAUGUUCAUGGACUCAUCAUCAUCAUCAUCCUCUACUUCAGUUAACCUAUCAUCAUCAUCAUCUUCGUCUUUAUCCACCAUGCAUCACACUCCCACAAUCAGCACCGUGAAUGUCCAUCCCUUUCCAACCCUCCACCACAUGAACCCUAAUUACAUGCCUCCGAGCGAAGGGUUGUACUCCAACGUACAACCCUACACUGCACAAGUCGAGAUUGGGAACGAAAGUAGUGCGUAUAGGUAUAACAACGCGAUCUUUGGUGGUGAUGGCAAUGUCUGCAUGGAAGGGCAUCAUCAUAUCUUUGACAUUCCACCCCUAGCGAGCACAAACACCAUCGAAGAAAAAUCAAAUACCAAAAAUUUAGUUGAGCUUAGGAGUGGAAGUAGCAAUAACAUUGUUCAUAACAUGAACAACAUAGUACUCAACCAAUGUAACAACAACAUUAACAACAUGAUCAAAGUGGAAAAUGAGGAGGGUUUUGGGGGUUAUUGGGAAGGAGAACAAGAACUAAGAGUGGAGGAAGAAUAUUGGGAUUUGGAGGAAUUGAUGAAAGAUGUUCCUUCCUUUCCUUUUCUUGACUUCCAAGUUCAAUAACCUUUUACCCUCCCCACCAUACAUAUCUUUGUCCUAUUUCUUACAAUCCCAUGAAUUUGUAGUGGUCCGAUUCUCGUCCUCUAGGAAAAUAUUAUUCGAAUCAGGUCUAAACGAUUUUAUCAAAUCAAUUACAUCACAAAUGUUAUUGUACUUAUUAUAUAUAAUUAGUCACGUAUAAUCAAUACACAUGUAAUCCAACUGAGUUCGGACUAGCUAGAAUUUCCCUUUGUUUUGUAUAGAUUUGUUGAGAAAGUUUUAGUUAUUGCUGUGAGGUGCAGUAAAAGUGUACCUAGUCUAGUGAUUUUCUGUUAUUCCAAGGUGGCUGUAAAAGUUGCAAAUAAUCAUAGUUGAUAAGACCAUGUAAGUUGUCGGCAGAACAGUUAGGAUUAGUUAGAGAAAUGUACUCAUUGUGUUGAUUAAAAUGUCAAAAAUAGCUAAAUAAAGUCCUAACUAGUGGGCUAUAUCAUGUAAUUAUGAUAUAAACGUUGAUGAUCAUGUAUUUUACUUUACUCUCUCCUCCAAUUU